UCUCCGACAUUUCCGUUCUCUCCUCCAGCUCUGCGUCUCGCGGCUCAGUGAAACGCAACACCGCGCGCAUGUGUCGUGCAUUAAUCCUCUUACUGCAGCAGAUGCUCGUCUGUCAGUCAACCUGCCGCGGGUGCGCGCGCUCGAGCUCGACUGUAGAGCGCGCGAGAGAGAACGCAGCAGGUGCGCGAGGGAUUCAGCGUCGUCUUUAGCGAUGCAGGAAUGGUAAAUAAAGCCGUUUAUAGAAAUAAUCAUGUCUUGACAGCGGCCACUGGCUUGUUUUGAACCACUAAAGUUGCAUUUGUUAACUGGCAAACGCGAUGCCGUCGCAGGACGAGGCUGAGGCUGAGGCGGUAAAUAAAGACGACAGUCUGCCUCCGGUUCCGCCGCGAGCGAAUCUUCAACUAAAUUCACCUGAGCGCCGGCUCAAGUGUGUGCUGGUCGGGGAUGCAGCGGUGGGGAAAACGAGCCUGAUCAUCAGCUACACCACUAACGGAUAUCCGGCGGAACACAUUCCCACUGCCUUUGAUAAUUUCACAGCUAGGGUUGUGGUGGAUGGAAGACCAGUUGAACUUCAACUGUGUGACAUGGCAGGACAGAGAUGGGGGGCAGCAGAUCAGCCUCGAUAUGACGAGUUUGAGCGUCUCCGUCCACUGUGUUACUGUGAUGCUGACGUCUUCCUGCUCUGCUACAGCGUGGUCCUUCCAUCCUCUUUCAGGAGCGUGAUGGACCGCUGGGCCCCUGAGGUUCAUCGCCUCUGUCCGGGAGUUCCCAUCAUCCUCGUGGGCACCCAGUGUGACUUACAGGAGGACGUCCAGGUGUUGAUCCGACUCGCAGAAAGCCAGGAGAAACCAGUGAGCAGGGAGGACGCCCGACUGUGCGCCCGGAGCAUCGGCGCCGUGACGUUUGCUGAGUGCUCAGCGCUGACACAGAAGAACCUGAAGGAAGUGUUCGACGGCGCCAUCUUGGCCAGCAUGCAGCACGCGGAGGAGGCCACGUGGCCGAAAAAGCACACGAUAAGAGAAAAAACUCCAGAUAAAAUCAAACAGCUCUCAGAAACAUGGUGGAGGAAACUGAGCUGCGUCCCGAGCGUUGACCUUCAGUGAUGGAGAAUCCAUUAAUGAAAACAUGCAUUAAGAAAGUAAAUAGGGUCAGUUCUGAUUCAUAUUCACUAGACAUUUUAGAGAUCAUAAUGAGACACUGAAGACUGGAAUAAUAGCUGCUAAAAAAUUCAGAUUAGCAUCACAGAAAAAAUUAUGUUUUAAAAUAUAUUCAAAUAGACAACAGUUAUUAUGAAUUGUUAAUAUAUUAAAAAACUACAUAUGUAUUUAUUUUAUUUCUCUCUCAAUGAGGACUGAGCUUGAAGGCCUUAUUUAGCGUCACCUGUUAUGUGUUGUGUAUACCUGUGACCCAGAAGUGUUUUUGUGUCAUUUGGCCCAGUGCUCUGCAUUCAUAGCAGUGGAUUAGCUGAUCACGUAAACAGACUGAAGGAGAGGGAUUUGUUGUCUCCUUACACCUGUUGUACUCCUGUAUGGUACGAUGUCUUGUUUACAACUUCAUUUCCACUGUUUACAACUUCAUUUUAUGAAGUAAAGUGUUACCAUGUUUUCAUCUCAUACAUUUAAAUGAGUUUAGAAGUAGAUUUGCAUCAGUGAAAAUUAACUUCACCUGCGAGUCUUGUUCUGACAGCCCUGUUAACGGUCCGUAUGGCCCAAAAGCCUUUAAUAAGAUCUGAUUCCUUUACCUCAUUGUGGUACGCUUUUCCCUCAGUAAUCUGGGAUGUAAGUACCACCAUCACAGAAUGACCAUUACCUGCACAAUGACACUUACUGCAGGCUCUGAGUGCAUCUGAAUGGUGACAACUGAAAUAAUACGAAACCCUUAAAUAGCAGCUUUUACGGCUUCUGAUAUCUGACUCACAGGUGCAUGAUGAUGCUGCUACACUAAUGAGAUUUAGAUGUGCAAAUAUACUUGAAUUUCAUGUUUUAAGCCACAUAAGUUUAACGAGGUCUAAACUCCUGAGCUUCUUCUCAGCAUUUCACUCUUUAUCAAGAAUAACAAGAACUGUAAAAUAUAUAUUUAUGGACCACUAAUAUGAAUUGCAAUAUAUCUAAUGAAGUUAAAACUAUUUUAGAUUUUGAUGCAUUUGGCAUCUUAUUGCAUUCAACAUUUAGCAGUUCAUGCAUUUCCAUGAAUUUAAUAUUUGAGCUAAA